AAAUCGCGCCCCAUGAGUGGGUACCCUCCAGAACGCACAGGAGCAGAUAACGCCCGAGGACAACUUCUUCCUAAACCAUCCUCUAAACCCUCAACUCAAUAUGCAUCCUAAUUUGGGUACUUGGCUGGGCGCACUGACUCUCCUCGUCUGGACCUUUAUAUGCAUCGGGACGCUUGCGGAAGGCUACCCGGUCAAACCUGAAAACCCCGGCGAAGAUGCGCCGGCAGGGGAACUUGCCAAGUAUUACUCCGCUCUCAGACAUUACAUCAACCUCAUUACAAGGCAGAGGUAUGGGAAGAGGUCCAGCCCUGACACACUGGAUUCACUGAUCUCAGAACUGCUGCUAAAGGAGAGCACAAAUACGCUCCCACAGUCCAGGUACCGUCACUGUGUGUGUACAUCUAUAUGAUGAACCGUCGUUGUGGUAACCGUGUCACUGUUCCCGCCCAGCACCCUAUCAUCGCCACAACGAUAUACUGACCUCAACAACACGGUCGCCUCACCAUGGCCGAUACCCCAUCCUAACAACCCCAGCCAGCACCCUACCAUCCCCCUCUCCCCCAUCCAGAGGCUACUCCUGUGCCAGAUAACUAUCUGCAUAUGUACAGAGUCUUAUUUAAGUCACCCCUACAUUGGUAAGUCAGGGGAGAUAAUUAUUGAUUGUAUGGUAAAACUGUGCUAUUAAAUAUUCAUUAUAUAAUGGA